AAUGCAGUGACCUAUGAUGAUGUACAUGUCGACUUUACUUGGGAUGAGUGGGCUUUGCUGGACCCUUCCCAGAAGAGUCUCUACAAAAAUGUGAUGCUGGAGACCUACAGGAACCUCACUGCUAUAGGCUACAAAUGGGAAGACCAUAAUAUUAAUGAAAAAUUUCAAAGAUCUAGAAGAAACAGAAGGCAUGAAAGAAGUCAUACUGGAGAGAAACCCUAUGAAUGCAAUCAAUGUGGUAAAGCCUUCUCACAGCAGAGCAAUCUCCAAAUACACAGAAGAACUCAUACUCAAGAGAAACCCUAUGAGUGUAAUCAUUGUGGGAAAGCUUUUGCCCGUUACACUCAUCUUCAAAGCCAUAAAAGAAUUCAUACUGGAGAGAAACCCUAUGUAUGUAAUCAGUGUGGUAAAGCUUUUUCACAACAGAGUCAUCUCCAAGUUCAUACAACAAUUCAUACUGGAGUGAAACCCUAUGAAUGUAAUCAAUGUGGGAAAGCCUUUGCAUGUUACAGUUAUCUUCAAGGUCAUAAAAUAAUUCAUACUGGAGAGAAACUCUAUGAAUGUAAUCAGUGUGGGAAAGCUUUUGCACGUAACAGUAAUCUUGAAAGGCAUAAAAUAACUCAUACAGGAGUAAAACCAUAUGACUGUAAUCAAUGUGGGAAAGCCUUUUCUCGACAGAGUUAUCUACAAAUACAUAAAAGAACCCAUACUGGAGAGAAACCCUAUGAAUGUAAUCAAUGUGGGAAGGCCUUUUCACGACAGAGUUAUCUCCAAAUACAUAAAAGAACCCAUACUGGAGAGAAACCCUAUGGAUGUAAGCAAUGUGGUAAAUCUUUUGCAGAUUAUACUUAUAUUAGAGUACAUGAAAAAAUUCACACUGGAGUGAAACUAUAUGAAUGUAAUCAGUGUGGGAAAGCCUUUUCACAACAGGGUUAUCUCCAAGUUCAUAAAAGAAUUCACACUGGAGAGAAACCCUAUGAAUGUAAUCAAUGUGGAAAAACUUUUGCACGUCACAGAAAUCUUCAAAGACAUAAAAGAAUUCAUAUUGGACAGAAGCCCUAUGAAUGUAAUUAAUGUGAGAAAACCUUUUCACAAGAGAAUCAUCUCCAAGUUCAUAAAAGAACUCAUCUGAGAGAGAAACCCUAUGAAUCUAAGCAAUAUGGUAAAGCUUUUGCAUGUCACAGUUACCUCAAAGGCAUGAAAGAAUUCAUAUUGGAGAGGAACCCUAUGAGUGUAAUCAGUGUCAUAAAGUCUUUGCAUUUACCAUAGUCUUUGAAACCAUGAAAGAGUUCAUCCAGGAGUGAAACCUGUAGUGUUUAAUCAAUCUGUUAAAGUCUUCAUAUAUUAGAGCAGUUUUUGAGGACGCAAAAGAACUUACACUGAAGGGGAAUCUAUGAGUAUAAAGGAUUUAGUAAGAUCUUUAGCCAACAAGCUUACAUUUAGUUACUCAAGGUUAUUUAUUGUGGAGAUAAAAUCUGACAAGUGUCAACAAUCUAUUCAAGCAUUAAAAUGUCCUUUUUUAUUUUGUUUUCAUCUACUAACUCAUAUGAAUAAAAGCCCUGUGGAUUUAAUUAGUAAGGCAACCUUUUAGAUAUCAUACUUCUUUUCAAUUAAAUAAAAUAACUCAUCCAGGAGUAAAACUUUAUGGAUGUAUACUAGUCUUUUUCUCUUCCUGUGAUAAAACACAAUGUCUAAGGCAACUUAAAAAAAGAGCUUAAUUUGGCUUAUGGUUCCAAAGCAAAACAAGUUCAUCAAGAGAGAGUCUUGGCAACAAGUGUCAGAAAUAACAGCUCAAGCAGGAAGCUCAGAGCUCACAUCCUCAACAUGAAGCAGGGAGCAGAGAGUGGGAACUGAAGUGGUGUGAGGAUUUUAAUAUCUCAAAAUCCACCACCAGUGACAUAUUUCCUAAACUUUUCCAAAUGAUACCAACAACUGAGAAGUAUUGAUUCUCUGACUUUUAAGCCUGCAUGGUUACUUUUUGUUAUAUGAACCAAUACAUGAUAAAGAAAAAAUUCUGUAGGUAAGCCUUUAGAUGCUUCAACAUCUGGGUUACAGGCAUGAAUGCUUACACAAGAAAAAUAGUCCUGAGUGGAAAUGAUUAAUGAUUCACUUUAAUUUUUAUUUUGUUAUGUCAGUGUGUCUUUGGAUAGAUACAUGUGCUUGGUGGUUCCCAAGAAGGGUAGACCCUGUAGUCUUCUUGUAUUUCUACCUGGAAUUACAGGAAGUUGUCAAAAACCUCACCUGGAUUCUGGGCAGGAACUUGUCUUCACUGCUUGGCCCUGUCUCUAUCCCUGUAAAUAUUUUAAAGCUUUUAUAUAUCAUCUGGACAUUAGGAAAUAGGGAAGAAUUCAUAGACAAGAGAAAUCCUGGACAUGUAAACAAUAUAGUAAAGCCUUUAGACAUCAAAAUUGUCUUCAGUUUCAAGGGAAAAAAUCUUGUUUCAUCUCUUUGUUAUCACAGCCUUGAAGCAAAUAAAUUGUUUACUAUAUUCACUAAACUCUGAUGGUGGAGGUCACAGUAAUGGGGUUUGUAUUUUGAAACUUUUGGAGUAGGUAUUGAAAUGUUCUGUAUAUGUGGCAAAUUCACUGAAGUUUAUUUGGUGGUUCACAUAUUCCUUCUUUCACCUCUGUUCAUCUUCUGUUGUGCUUUGACUUGAUGAUGGGUAUUUUUCUGUUGAAAUGUAUAGAAUGAGACGCCUAUCAUCUAAGGGGUCCCUUGUUUAUUUAAAUAUCUGGCAGUAUAUGAUCAUAAUUUUCAAGUAAAGGUGUCUAUGAAAGGGUGGUGGGUUUUUGUUUCUGAUUUUGUUUUUCACACUUUCACAAAUUCCCUUUAGAUGUUGUUUGUUAUCUAGCCUGUCAUGGAUGUCAGUAAUUCAUCAGUGCUACAUUUGAACUCAUGAUUCUCAUGUGUCAGCCUCCUGAGUACAAGUCCAAAUGUAGAAGAUAUACCCCUAAUAUGUCCUGUUUUGGCAAUGCAUUUUAGCAAUGUUAAUGUUAAAAUGCUUAAUAGAAAAGAAUAUAAGAAACACUGAAUACCUCA